AUAGAUAUUAAACGUACCGUAGAGAACGUUAAUGAUGUACUAAUAUUAUUUUGCUUUGAAUUAAUUUGUCCCAAGUUUGUAUAAACGGUAUACAUUAGUUUGUAAGCCACCGUGGAUUAACUGCCCAGUGAAGGAUUCCUGAGAGUGAAAUUACCAUUAAUAGUGACCACCUCACCUUCAUCUCCAUCAUCAUUAUCCUAAUCGACCCUUGGAAAAUGACUCUGGAUGAAAGUGAUGUAUAGUGGUCUCAUCAUUUUCAUUGUAGCAGUUGAAUCAUCAUGACUACCCUUAACGAUCAUUUGGAAAAUGACUCUUGGUGAAAGUGAUGUAUAGUGAUCUCAUCAUUUUCAUUGUAUCAGUUGAAUCAUCAAUAUCCUUAACAACCCUUUGGAAAAUGACUCUUGGUGAAAGUGAUGUAUUGUUCCCAAUGAUCAUGACCCUUAUGGCCCCUUCGAACAUGACCUCUGUUCGCGAGGAGUCGUCGAAAGUGGUGUGGGUCUGUCUGGCUUUCGAGGAAUUAUUGGAGUCGGUUGGAAGAUCCCCGUGGGAAGGAUGUGUGUAUAAUAUGCGUAGUAUGUGGUCUAUGUAAGUUUCUCUCUCGCCCCACCACCACAACAUACCCAUGUUCAUGAGAAUGGGAACCUAUGUCUAUUCCUCUGGUCUGUCGCUUUCAGCGCCGCCCAUUCCCGGGCGAGAGCCAGAGGAGGAGGAGGAGGAGGAGCUACCUAACGAAGGAGAAGAAUCGGAAACGGGUGCCCGAGAAGGUAAGAUGAUGGCCGACGCUGCUGCUGCCCCACAAGAGCCCACCGGAGCGGAGAUCGCCGAAAACGGCUGCGGCCUGGAGGACGAGGACGAGGACAACGACCUGUACGACGACAGCGGCGACGCCAUGGUCGUCACGGCGACGACGACCCCGAAGAUGUACUCGGGGGGUGUGGCCGAGACCAGCCUGUACGGCGGCGGGGGGCCAGCGGGACGGGGGGCCGAGUUGAAUACGGGCACCGUGCAGCUCUACCCCCCGGUGGAGAACGGCACGACCACCACGACCUCCAGGCUGUACCACAGCGACGAUAGCGCCGUCCAGCGGCGCAUGUACCACACGGAGAGCGGUGCCCUCCGCAGGAUGUACCACAGCCUGAGCGACUACGGGAUGUACCCCGCCUACCUGUCCGGCUUGGGACUGUCGACGAUCGUCCCUAUCGAGCCAGGUGACAGAGUGUGUGGUGGGGGCGCCGGCCUUCGUAGCCCCGCCCACCAGUCCUUGACAACGACGCCCACGCCUCUCAUGCCCCGCCUUCAAACCACGCCCGGCCUGAGCGGCUCCGCGUCACGCCUGAGUGGGGGGAACGAGGGUGUUGGUGUUGGCCUCGGCGUCGGGCAUUCCUACGGAGGCUUGGCGUCCACGAGGCUCGGAGGAUCUUACUCGGCCCUCGUGUCCUCAGCCGCGUCCUCGGGAUACGGCUCUUGCGCUGGAGGAGGAGGCUUAGGAGGAGUAGGAGGAGGAGGAGGAUUAGGAGGAGUAGGCGCCGCUGUGGUGCCGUCGACUCGUCACGAGGAUUCCGAAGACCUCUCCGACGUGUCUUCGGGAGCCACGUCUGAGGACUCGGCCAGACGGAGACGACGCCGCUCAGCUCAACCCAUGAAAGCAGGGGAGGCAUCUGUGUCUGGCAAUGAAGACUUCGAGUGGGUUCGUGCCUCGCCUAUGUUAACGGGGCUACUUGAAGGUCACGUGACUCGGCUAGCCACACCCCCAGACCACCGGGGACACUCGUUACGAACAAGUCUAGCCACUCCUCCUGAAUCAGGUGAAGAAGGCAGUGGGGUGUCAGCCCACCGACACCGUCAGUACACGCGUCCGCCACCUGUUCCACGCCCUCGCACUCUAGAGGCAGGAGAUCUCAUCCCGCAUCGGCCAAUCCGAGAUAACCUUCGAGAUGGUCUCAGGGAUUCUAGGGAUGGUCUCCGAGACCGACUCUAUUCCCCAUCUAGGGACCUGACAGGCCACCGGAGAUCAAGGGAUUCCUCCAUCGAACGCAGUGGAAGGGACUCGUCGUGUGAACGAGGAUCAGUUUCUAGCUUACAUCAGCACAAUCACCAUCACCAUCACCAUUUAUCAUCCCGCCUUUCUCAGCACACCUGUGAAUGCCCCUCAUGUUGGUGUGAGGAGGAAGAAGGAGGCUACGACUCGUGUGACGAACGCCACCACCACCAUCGUCAUAGUUAUCAUGAGGGACUCCAUCAUGCACACCUCCAUCAACUGCAGUCCCACCAUCACGGACAACCUGGGACACGUGAGGCUUCCAGGGAGCGACGAAGCAGAGGUCAAGGUUCUGGCGACAGCGGGAGAUCAUCCCCAUGUUGCUGCAGGCAUUGCCAUCACUUAGGAUCACUCAGUUCCCUCUCCAGCCAUGACUACUGUGCUAAUACUCGUCUGGCGCUGCCAUGCACCAGCAAGGUGGGUGGAGGGAGUGCUCUUCUCUCUGCUGCUGCCCCGCAAGGGAGCCGCCGACAACGCCGCCUUGACUCAGACUACAUCACCCUUUGGAGCUGCCAUUCCCCGUCGGGCAGCUCAUUAGAAGAUCGCGUCCACCGUUUGGAGGGUGACAAAGAUUCUCUGCAGCUUCAAGUCACCGUACUCUCGGAGCAGGUGGAGGCACAGACUGAAAAGAUCCAGGACAUGGAAUCACUUUUAGACCAAAAGAAAGAACUACUCAGGAAAACCGAAGAGCAGCUACAGAAGGAGGUUAUGACAAGGAGCAGUCUAGAAACGCAGCGUCUUGAACUCUUCAGUGAAAUUAGCAACUUGAAACUACGGCAGGCAGCUUUUGAACGGGAAAAUGCAGAACUCCGUGAUAAGAUCCGACGAGUAGACCAUCAAGUAGAUCAUGUCAAAGCUCAGUCAGUAGCAACAGGUGUUGGCCGCAGUGGUAGUGGGAGAAGCAUAACCCCUGCAGCAGCUUCUACACCUGUCCAUUCUAUCUUAUGUUCACCAGAUUCGCCUCAGCCGAGCCAUCAGCUUCCCACCCAGAUGGCUAACUCCCCAUCACCAAGUACCAUCUCUACACUCUCCACAAUUCCAUCCUCCUCUCCCAAAAUAUCCCCUGCUCAGCCCAUUACAGUUUCGCCCACUGCUUCUCCAUUACCAGUAACUUCGCACGAUGCUCGCGAGUUCCUACCCCCACGGCAACCAUUAAUUCCCCAUGGAUCAGCAUUUACUAAAGAGACCCCACCUCCAAAUGCAAGGCGAAAAAUAGAACAGUUUGGUACAAUCCCGCGUCAGCGAGAGGCAGAUCUAGGAGGCGCAGCAACGACUGGAAGAACAAAAGGCGUCAUGUUCGGUAAAGGCCUUCAUUUCUUGCCAUUCCGUGUGGCAGGGAAACGGAGCACAUCAGCCCCCAAUUUAGCUGAAACAGAAAUGCAGAUGAUAGAUGACUUGCCAGAAGGUGAAUAUUGCCCAAAUGUGGAUGGUAUCGCACACCCAGCUUCUUCUUCACCACGAAUGAACACUUUAGCUGGUCACAGGUCACCGACCACACAGCACAAAACUACUGGAAUCAAAAAGAUAUUCACCAGGUUACGUCGCAGUAGCUCAGGCCACUUGGAGAGUGAUUUAGGUGAUGGAGAUUUCCGGAGGGGAGGAAUGAGAGCCACAGCUUCAGCACGGCUAGGAUGGACUUCACCUAACACUAUUUUUAAAGAACCAAGUGAAGCAUUUAGAGGCUGGAAUAUUGAGACUAUGGAAGCAUGGUUAGGGGCCUUGGGACUUAGUCAGUAUUGUGCAGCUGUUCGUACAUGGUCUGUAGCAGGCCGCCACAUGUCCCAGAUUACACCACAGCAGCUGGAACGUGAUUUGGGCAUUCGUCAUCCCCUUCACCGCAAAAAGAUUCAGCUGGCUAUUUCUGCCAGAGUAACAGGGGAUCAAUUAAACACCCCACUAGCACGACUAGACCAUGCAUGGGUGCUGCGAUGGCUAGAUGAUGUGGGCCUACCUCAGUAUAAGGACGCCUUCAGUGAAGCGCGUAUUGAUGGAAGGGUGCUCAACUGUUUAACAUAUGAUGAUUUAGCUUUCCUUAGGUUAACCAAUUUAUUACAUGUCACAUCUUUGAAGCGUGGAAUCCAGGUUCUACGAGAACAUAAUUUUGAUCCAUCUGUACUGAAGCGUCGUUCACUGCCAGAAGAAGAUCAAAGAGAACGAAGUCCUUCAGAGGUGGCACUAUGGACUAACCAUAGAGUAAUGGAGUGGCUGCGUACUGUAGACCUAUCAGAAUAUGCUCCAAAUUUAAGAGGAUCUGGUGUUCACGGAGCACUGAUGGUGUAUGAAGUUCGUUUUACCUCAGAAUUGCUGGCUUCAUUGCUGUCUAUUCCGUGUGGCAAAACGCUUUUGAGACGACACCUUAAUACCCACUUCAAGGAACUAGUAGGGUUAUCUAUAGUGCAGGAAAAGAGAGAAUUAGAAGCAACUGCUGGAUAUACACCACUAACAACUACUGCAAAAGUUAAGAUGCCAAAAAAAUCACAAUUUUCAUUGAAACGCAAGAAAACAAAGUCUGAUCUUGAGUUUGAUGAUCUACUGUGUCCACUGGAUGAGAAGCCUCCAUCAGGUGCUUUACAGGAUAAGGAGAAGGAGGUGAGAACAAGGGAAUUGGAGGAGGAAUUAACAGAUUCUGUUAAAGUUGAGAAGAGUAUUAGCGCAAACAAAGAAACAGAGUGUUUAUGGAUCUUCUGUUUAGGUAACACAAUGAUGCACAUACUGACAAAGUGUAGUGCUGUCUUUCACAACCAACGGUGAUGGGAAACUCUGUUGAGCGCAUCCAUCGUUCAUCUGCACCUCCAUUGAUUGGUCGGAUCACUAAAGUAUGAGAGAGAAGAGUCUGCGCUGGUUGUCUGGCUCUUCCCUUUGCAACUCUGCCCAGCAGCUUUGCCUUUACCCUCUGCCUUUUGUCUGCAUAUCAACCAACCAGGAUUGAUUCACUGAGGUCGUUCAGUCUGAAAGGCUUCCGUGAAAGUACAAAUGAAAUCAUGAAGGUGCAAGACUCAACUCGGUCAUAAUGAAUUUUGGAUUUAAUAAUGUGGCUCACUAAAUGGUUAAACUUUCUGAGCUAAAUGUCUCAAAUAACUUGAAGUGCCUUAUUAAUCAUAAUAAAGGCAUUAUGAGAAUGCCAUUCCCUGAAAGAUGAAUAAUGAAAGGCAUUAGGAGAAUGCCAUUUCUUGGAAGAUUGGCAGAAUUUAAACCAAGAUGCUGUGCAAUUAGCAUUGAGCUUUAAAAUAUCAUUAGAAGAGUAGAAAAGGAUUCUGUUAAUUAUUACCGUCUCUAUAACAUCUGUAUGCAAAUGUAUUGUAAAACAAGCUGACUAGCAUUUUGUAAAUGAUGCACCAUAAAACUAGAACAAAGUUGUAUUUUUAAAAGAAUGUUCCUCUUAGUUCCUUGCAAAUAAUUCAAAAGCACUCAUUAUUAUAUUUCUUGAACAUUAUUUCAUACAUUUCCUCAGCUCUAAGAGGGCCUUACGACAUGAACUAAUUUUCAAGGAUUUUUCUUUAAAUAUUUAUUACAAAUGUGUACAGGUUAAUGCAUAUAUACCAGCAAAAAUGAGUGUCAUUUUAGAUAUAGAUGUAACAUAUUCUAUUUUUUCCCCUGAUGAAAAUUAUGACACUUGUAUGAAAAAAUACAAGUUUUCGUGAGUCACUAAUUGUUUUAAGUUUCCAAUAACUUUUUUACCACCACUUUCUAAGUUACCUGUAGUAUUUAUAACUUGUGCAGCUCGUCACAUGAAAUUACCUGACAAUGAUUUGUUUCUCAACCGAGUAGCUAUAUGGUAGUUGGUGUGCUGUGGAUAAAAAAGGAAAAAACCUAUGGAUUUUAAUAUACUACAAAAGGUUCAACAUUGAGAAUUCUGUGGGAGUGCUUAUCAAGAAAAUUCAUCAGUACAAUAUUCUGUAUCCUUGAGUUAGCAAAUAAUGAAUUUGAUGUCAAAUUUACGAUGUUACUUACAAGCCUAGCAUAGUGCAUAGUACAGUAUACUGCAUUUCUCUGAUCAUACAAUUCAAAAAAAAAAAAAAAAAAAAAAAGUUUGUGUAAAUAUCUAAUAAUUCAUGUUGACCCCUAUUGGUUGGUAUUAAUGAGAAUUUUAAAUAAAGUAAGAAGCUAGCAGACCUUAAUACUUUUUACUUCCCAGUUACAGUUCCAUCUAACCAUUAUGGCUUCUGAAUUACUACAAAUUAGAUACUGCACUUUUAUUCAUAUACUUAAGCUUUAUUUACCUUCAGUGAUGGUGAGGAGUAACUGUUGAUAACUGUCGUACAGUGAAUUGGUCUUUUAACCCCUAGUCAUCAAAUGCUUUCUUUUUGAUUUUUUGCUUACAUUUCACUUGCCUAGUACUAUAUGGUUACUCUAUUUACUGUUAUUAUGUUUUCAAGAUUUAUCUUACAACUAAUGCCAAACUAAAGAAUAUGAAAUGCCUGUUUAUAAUAUGCCCAUGUUGUGGCAUUUACUGCUUUUAUUAUAAAUUAUUCACUGUUCUUAACGGCACAGUUGAUCUGAACUGGAGAUUUUUUUAAUUUUUUGUAAUUUCUGACAGGAAAUUAAGUUCAGAUUUGCUGAUUGUCACAAGUUUUAGUGACUUUAUCCCCAAUCUAUAUACGAUUGAGUACCAAAGUCAUUAUGUGGGUAUGAUUUUUAGUAAAGGUUUUUAAUAAAAAUUGCUAAGUCUGUAA